AUGAAAGAUAAUUUUCUAGUCGGUUCAACUUCUAUGAGUUUAGACUUAACGGACCGAUGGUUGAACAAAUUGUCAGUUCGCCGCAUUGAACCUUCAAAGGAAUCGCAUUCUAGAAUGUUAUCUGAUAAGGGCAUCGUUUAUGAACUUCAGACCCACAACAUUAAACCGGAUAGUGUUGAUAAAUAUUUAAAAAAUUUCAAAGAAAAUGUGGAUUUAAUACAUUCUAAAUCAAAUUUAAAACUACAACUUGUUGGUUCUUGGAUGGUUCUUGUAGGAGAUAUGGAUCAAGCUUUGCAUUUGUGGAUGUACAAAGGUGGAUACUCUGAAAUAGACAACGCUCAAAAAGUUUUACCAUUAGACCAGGACUAUGUAAGACUGCAAAAAGAAAGAGGAAUAUUUUUAAGAGCGAGACAUCUUCAAUAUCUAUUGAAAUUUAGUUAUUGGCCGGAAAUAGAAAGUCGUACAGGUGAUAACUUAUACGAAAUCAGGAGCUACUCUUUGAAGCCAGGUACCAUGAUUGAAUGGGGUAAUAAUUGGGCAAGAGGAAUCAAUUUUAGAAGAAAUUGCGAUGAAGCUUUUGCCGGUUUUUUUUCACAAAUCGGAAGGCUGUAUAACGUUCAUCAUAUUUGGUGUUACAAAGAUUUUCAAUCGAGAACUGAUACAAGAGAUAAUGCUUGGAGAUCACCUGGUUGGGAUGAAUGUGUUGCUUAUACGGUGCCAUUAAUACGAGAAAUGCAAAGCAGAAUUUUACAUCCAACUGAAUUUUCUCCUACAAAAUGA